GAUUAUUUGUAUUCCAAAUCUAUGAAAAACACAUGGCUCUGCAGCGAGUUGUAAAACCAAAGACCCAGCGAUCUAAGAGAGCUUUGGAAAAUCGGGCUCCAAAAAUACAUGAAAAUGAUAAAAAUGCUAUGAUCAUAAAAGGGGGCCAGACAUCCCAGGUUAUAAUCGACGUUCUGAAAGAUAUAUAUGCUCUGAAGAAGAUGAAUUCUGUAUUGUACAAAAAGAAAAACAUAACGAGACCUUUCGAAGACACCUCAUCAGUUGAGUUUUUCUCACAACGAUCGGAUUCAUCAUUACUUCUAUUUGGCUCACACUCAAAAAAGCGUCCUCAUAAUCUUGUAUUUGGUCGGUUCUUUGACUACCAUAUUUUGGAUAUGGCGGAAUUUGGAGUUGAAAAAUUCAAGGGCAUGAGUGAAUUCAAAAAAGAGAAAUGCUGUCUAGGAACAAAGCCUUGCCUUGUCUUUAACGGUUUGGAAUUUAGUGAAGAUCCUCAACUCUUAAGAAUUAAGAAUCUAUUUAUUGACUUUUUUAGGGGACCUGUAGUGAAAAACAUUACGCUUCAAGGUCUAGAGCAUGUACUUAGCUUUUCUUACGUAAAUGAGAAAAUUUUAUUAAGGAGUUACAAAAUUAUGUUGAAAAAGUCUGGUCAGAAAACUCCUCGUAUCGAAUUGGAUGAAAUUGGACCUUCACUUGAUCUAAGCAUUAGGAGAACCAAGCUCGCUUCUGACGAUCUAUUUAAAAAGGCUUGCAAAGUGCCUAAAGCUGCAAAGGAAAGAAAAGUCAAAAAUAAAUCGCAAGAUGUGUUCGGUAACGUUCACGGUCAAAUUCACAUGACUCCACAGGAUAUGAGUAAACUUCAAAUAAGAAAACGUAAGGCUUUGAAAAAUGAUGAAGAAUCCCCUAAACGCUCAAAGAAAUCAAUUGUUUGA